UCUAACAAGGGCAUACUUCUACAAUGACCGGAUUACUCUUGCUCCUUUUGAUCGUCUUCGCUUUCUCUACAGCGGAGGAACACACUGUAAAUGAAUUAUUCUCAUUAAUUGGGACAACGCCAGAAAAGACAGGGCAUGGCGGACAGUCCGAACCACCACAGAACGACAGCAGAGUAGGUGGAAAGGACCUUGCAUUGCCAAUCAACGAGCUGCUGGGGCAAACCAAGAAAUCCGGAGACCCCAAAUACACACUUCACCCCUUACCUGCUGGAGUGUGGCCAAAGCACACUGACUUGGUGCCUAUUCCUCGCCUGGGACCACACGGCAAAACCAAAAAGGCUUCGAAAGCGGACCGUUUACCAGUUGAGCACAACAGUGAGAAGAACCGAGGGGAUGGACGCGGACACAUUCCUAUACUGCACCCCAAAAUCACAGCUGUUACCGUGAACCGUACACAUAAAAACGUCCCGGAGAGUGAACAUCAUUCUAACAACAACCCACCACCAAGUGACACUGACAACAACCACAAUUCAAGAUCUCGUAACACGCAACCGACCUCCAACACGCGGAAAGACCGAGACCCCCCAAACCGGCGUCUUGACCCCGAGGAGAACCGUCCCGGGAAGUCUAGUCUUACGACCGGGGGCAAUCUAAACAACACCCGACCCUUUGUGCUGUACAACCGCCGCUCAUCCAGCUUGCUGUACCACUUCGACAUCCUUAAAAGAGAGUCAGACUUCAGUCAAGAUGCCGUCUGUUUGAGUGAAUGCAGAAAGGAGAGAGACGAGAGGGAACAUUACUGUUACAGCGAGUUUGCCAUCAACGGCAUUGUUCAUGACAUUGAGAUCCUGCGGCGAGGAAUCCGGCUCAUCACCCUCCUGGUGAACAGCGAUGGCUUCUACAAGAUGAGCCGCCUGUACGUCACGCCCGACAGCUACUUUUUCAAAGUCCGCAUCCUAGUUCUGGACACCUUCAAGUGCUCAAAACCCUGUCCAGACUUCAAACUGGGGAGCAGGUAUGUCGUCAUGGGGCAGAUCUACCACCGGCGGCGCCACCUGCCCAGUGAUCUCCUGGCCAUCGUUGGGGGCAAACUCAAGCCUGGGGACGGCCUGCUGCGGAGCAACAACUACGUCAAGAGGUACAACAAGAGGAGGCACCAGAAGACCCAAGAGGCCAUGCGCUCAAAGUGCCGGUGAGCGGAGCCACCUCACCAGCACCGCCAACUGCACAGGAGGACUCAUUGCAGCUUUGGUGUAGAGAGAAAAAAAAAAGACUUUUGGUCCUUUAAAAAAAGCAAAAUCCAUCAUAAUCACACAAUAUUGUCUGAAAGGAGACAAGGGAACAUGUCCCAAUUGAGCAUUAGUAGUUGACUCUAAGCCAGAGGUUUUGCUUGCUGUAAAAUGCUUGUUUUGUUGCUUGACUUCUUUGGGAGAAUACCUGGUCGAGUAGACAGUGUGAGUGUCAUUGGUCAGACACAACAUCCAAUUUUACUUUCGCUCAGUUUACUCUUGUAAGGUUUUAAGUUUUGUAAGGUUUUAUUUAAAAACCCAAAAACGUUUCAGAUCACAUUGCUAUCCAGGUAUUUAAAGGCAUUAUUGUAAGGAUAUUCAAAGAGAUAAAACAAUAACACUUUCCAGAUAUAAUGUAAAAAGUUGGCUUGCUCCCCCCAGGAAGGAAGAUCUUAUAAGUAUACAUAGAGCGACAAAAACUCUAUCCUAAUGUCCAGCUUCUCCAGAUGCUAAGCCCAGGUCACUGUCUGAAUGAUGGCUAUUAUUUUAUACUCUGGAGGUAUUAGUGUGUAUUAUUAGAGAUUACUUGAGACUUCUAAGGCGAAACUAGGGCUGUGAGUGCCUGAUGGUGGGGAAGAUCCUCUGGUCAUAACCUUGUUGGUCUGAGGGGAGCUGGGAAUUCUCAUGCAGGAACAACAACAACAACAACAACAACAAAGCUCUUUUAUUUAUUCCUGUCAAAUUGCUGUUGCCUUCUGCUUUUGUUUUUUCUUUUUACGCAUCCUAUCAGAAUCCAGGAAAUGCACUGUUACAUUAGAGGAAAGUGUGUGUGUCUGUCUGUGUGUGUGCGUGUCUGUGUGUGUGCGUGUCUGUCUCUGUGUGUGUG